CAGUUUUGAUGGGCAAUGAGCCAUCCAGUCAUUUUUUUAUUAUUAUUUUUCAGAUCAGUGGUUGCACCUCGGUGUGAUAGCCGCAUCGACUUUGCGGAGAAAAACCGUGUCGCUAUCGUCUCUUACACAACGUGACGAAAUUGCGGACGUCAUGAAAACCGAACGUUCACAAAAUAACGUCAUACCGCAUUUGCGUUGUCUUUAAAACCAUAAGGUCAUGCAUAUCACUAAAUUAUAAAUUACUGACGUUUUUUUUUUUAAAUCGCGAAAUAGUGGAGCGUGCGCAGAACCAUUUCCGGUUACCGGGGCACGCGUUCGUUUGUCGCCGAUGGCAACAGACUACAAACAUAAAAAGCAAGCUCCGGUCAUGAGUUCGCCGUUGUCCUUACUGAAAAAAAUGAGGCGAACUCCGCUUCAGUGUGAAGAAAGUACCACACGGGGCCAAAGGGAGAACCUGUCGACAGAAUCUCAGGUCCUGAAUGAUCAGAAUCCUUCUGUGGCUACGACUACGCGACCAAAUGAUGCUGAGUUUGUAAAGUUUAAAGCAUCCAAGAAAGAAAGGCCCUCAGAGGACUUUGUGGUCAGAAAAAGGUUCCCCACUCCAGUUUUACCCCGCGAAAACUCGAGUGCCGCGUCGGGCGACUUUGAGCUCAUGUCUUCCAUGGUGCAGCGUCUGACCUCGCUCGAGAGGACGCUCACAAGCCAAAAAGAGGAGAUGACGCGCAAGGACAAUGUUAUUUCCGUUUUGAGGGAGCAACUGAAAGCGAAGGAAGACGCAGCGAGUGGACAUGUUGAGAGUUGCGGUCAUCUUGAAAGAAGGUGCAAGCAGCUGCAGCACCAAGUGGAUGACAUGGAGAGCUUCCUGAAUGACUACGGUUUGAUCUGGGUAGGGGACAAGAAGCCCAGUAACGCGGCGCAGCAAAAGCACACGUCAAUCACAGGCACCUCCGUUGUGCGGAAUUUCCGCAUGGACUUUGACCUCGUGAUACAGAUGAUCAAGGAGCUGAACGUCGUCGCCGGGGAAUCCUUUGUGCGGUCCACAUCCACGGGGGCGCAGUUGGCGCGGAACGACCCCGUGGAACUGAAGCUUUACAGCAACGGCAUCGUCAUGUUCAACGGACCUUUCCGCUCCUACCAGGAAAACAGCACGCAGCAAUGCAUGCAGGAUCUCAUGGAGGGUUAUUUCCCAUCCGAGCUUCAAGGCAGAUUUCCAAACGGUGUCCCUUUUGAGGUCCACGACAGACGAGAAGAGGAAUUUGUCCUCAGAGCGCCGUGGGAUAAAUUCCCCGGCAAGGGACAGGCUGUGCGAGAGAAAAAAGAGGAAUCGCCGAGCAAAGCCGGCUCGCAAUUUCCUGGUAAGACAGUAAAAACAAACCAGUUCCUGAACAGGCUGCCAAAGGUGACGGUGAAAGCGGGUCAAGUGGUUGACAUCAGAGACGCCGUACGGCCGACCUGGCAGGGCUCAUCUGACACGUACAACAGCUGCUCCGCGGUCUUCGUCAAUACGCCAGCACUGCGAGCAACGGACGACAGCAUGCACACGAUCACCUCUGACCAGGCUUCUUCUGCACGCAACAUCGUCACGCUCAAGGUCAAGUCGGAAGAUGGCGAUCGCACUUACCUGCUGAAAAUGAGCAUCUCCGAGACAGUCGGUCACCUGAGACAGCACUUGGACACGCACAGGGGACGUAACUUGGCAGGCUAUGACAUUAUCAGCGCAUCCCCUCAGUGUCACUACCACGAUGAUCGCCAAACGCUGGGGUCAUGUGGCCUCGCAACCAAUACUACUAUUCUACUGCGAGGAAGGAAAAACACAAAUAAAGCAUCUGUCUAAAUGAGAUGACUAUUAC